GAACCCCUCAAUAACUCUGAGUCACCUAUGCCUCCAGCCACACUCGACCACCACAAACUUCUCUUCCGAGUGUUCCAUUCCAACUUGGGUGUGGCUAUGGAUCGCGCUCAGCUUCUUUUGGUGGGUGUGCCUCUCUUCCUCUUCUGCUCAGACCUCUUCUCCCUUUUCACUCAUCAUCCACCACCGCCACCCCACCACCAUCACCCCCACCACCAUCCACCUCACCACCACCAUCCACCUCACCACCACCACCACCCGCCUCACCACCCACCCCACCACCACCAUCACCCGCCCCACCACCAUCAGCAGCCGGUGAUAAUAGAGUUCCCUCCCGAGAAACCCAUCAGCAAUAUUGCAACUCCGGGUCUCGGCAACACUGUCUACAUCAAUUUCUGCUCUUCCUGCUCAUACAAGGGAACAGCAGUGACAAUGAAGAAUAUGUUGGAGAUUGCUUUACCUGGAACUGAGGUUAUUCUUGCAAAUUAUCCCCCAUCGCUUCCAAAGCGUCUGCUAAGCAAAUUGGUUCCAGUUGUUCAGAUUGGUGUUGUAGGGGUGGUUGUUGCAGGGGAACAUAUUUUUCCAAUGUUGGGUUUUGUUGCACCUCCUCCUUGGUAUUACAACUUGCGUGCUAAUCGGUUUGGAACCAUUGCAAGUACUUGGCUUCUUGGGAAUGCCUUGCAGUCAUUCUUACAGAGCUCCGGGGCUUUCGAAAUUUACUUCAAUGGUGAACUGGUUUUCUCUAAAUUGAAGGAGGGAAGGUUUCCUGGAGAGAUCGAAUUGAAGGAUCUGAUUACCAAAAAGAUGACAAAUUCUAUAGGUGUCAAUAGUGUGUCAGAAUUGGCCUCUUAGUGCCAUUGGUGGAGACAUAUUUUGAGCUGUCAUAAAUGAUGUAACUGGGCCUGCCAUUGCACUAUGAAGUAAAGGUUGAUAUACAGAUAUCGGUUGGCAUAUCAUGGAAGGUUUCCAGAUGUAUACUGGAGCAUGAAAUUUCUUUAUUGAAAGAACUAAGUAAUUGCUGAAGGAAAAACUCAGUUAAUAGUUUGUGUAGAGUAUGAAUGUUUUAAUUUUUUUUUUUUCAUUGUGAUAUCUUUUCAUUAUCAGCUCAAAUAACUUC